AUGGAAGCUGCAGCGAAGACGACGCCCCUCCAAUUCGCCACAUUGCGCAGCGGCGGUAGUCCCAAGAUCUGCUCCGCGCAAGGCGCCCUUCAGGCUCUCAGGAAGCUUGGUGCCGUCAACGGUUCACAGCUUCCGCCUUUCUUUGGCGGCAUCGCCCAAGCUCAAGUUAUGAUGGAGAUGAUUCUAUCUGAGUUCACAAAACAAGUUAUCAUCUCACUUGGCAAUUUAGCCAGUAAUGAAAUAGCCAAAGUUUUGUGCGUCAGAAAUGAGAUUAGCAAACUGUCGAGAAAACUUGAGAGUAUGAGAGCUAUCAUUACAGAUGCAGAGCAGACAGUUGUGCAAAAUGAAACUACUAGGGAUUGGCUGAAGAGGCCACGAGAAGUUAUUUAUGAGGCUGAAAACAUAAUUGACCGAUGUAGGAUUGAAAAGGAGAGGUUCCAAACAUCAGAGCCACAGGAAUGCAAUCCUUCAUCAGUCUUUAAGUGCUGCAGAGAUGUUGGUAUUGACUACAUAGUCACAAGUGAUAUACAUGAACUGAAUCAGAAACUUGACAGCAUCAUUGAAGAGGGUGAGAGGCUGCAUAUAGAGCCAGCGAUUGAGGAUCAAAUAAGAUUAGAUCAAACAAGAUCAGAUCUUGACUUUGCUCCAGAUCUAGAGCCUGAUAUUGUGGGCAGAGAGGUGGAAAACGACUGUGAAAAUCUCAUUGAACUACUAAUAAAGAGAGAUGAUAUUCCUAGUCGUCCCAAUCGUCCUUUGUUGGCUAUUAUAGGAACAAUUGGAGUUGGCAAGACUACUCUUGCUAGAAAGGUAUACCACAAGACAGAAACUUUUUUUGAGCCUAGGGUAUGGGUUCAUGUCUCCAAAGACUUGCAGCAUAUGACAAUGUGGUCAGGUGAGAGAUUCAGUAAAGGAGAUACUGCACGACUACAGGCAGAGCUGCGCACAUGGUUACAAGGUAACAAGUUUCUGCUGGUCAUCGAUGAUGUCUGGGGAGAGAAUGUUUGGGAUGGGCUGCUAGAGAUACAAGCACAGCAUGGCAGCCCUGGCAGUAGAGUCCUUAUAACAACCCUGAAUGAGCGUGUUGCGAGGAGGAUGGGGGCAGUUCAUCUUCACCAUGUGAAGGGCUUGAAUGAGGAUGAUGGUUGGUGGCUACUUCGUACAAGGGCUUUCCUUGAUGAGAGCACUGGAAACAUGCAAGAUAUUGGUAGGCGAAUUGUGCAAAAGUGCAAUGGCCUUCCAAUGGCAAUAAGGAGAAUUGGAUGCCAUCUAAGGGAAGUGGACCUUAAAGAAGAUGACUGGGAGAGAAUCUACUCCAGUGAUUUCUGUGGCCUUUCUUCGAGGAUAAGAAACGCUAUCAAUACUAGCUACCUUGAGUUGCCAUAUUAUCUGAAAAGGUGCUUUCUUUAUUGCUCAUUAUAUCCAGAGGGGUCUGUGAUUGAUCGGCAGUGUAUCACCCAGCAGUGGAUUGCGGAGGGGUUUAUUGUGACCCAGCAGAACACAGCUGUUGAAGAGGAAGCUAAAAAAUGCUAUGAGGAAUUGUUAGGUAGGGGCCUUCUUUUGCCCGAAAACCAAACUUAUGGUGCAGAGAGAUCGAAGAUGCCUCAUCUCUUCAGAUCAUUUGCACUUCUCCAGUCACAAGAUGAAUACUUUAUUGGCAAUCCUCAAGACAUAGGUGAUACUUUGAGGCCAUGCCGCUUAACUAUUACAACUGGAGGUGCAGAAGCGAUCAGAAACGGUAUUAGAAAGUUGAAGACCUUGAGGACAAUAAUCCUGUGUGGGAGCCCAUUAAAUGACACGAUCCUGGGUGAUAUUUUUCAGAAGUGCACACAUCUAAGGGUUCUAGAUCUUGGAGAUGCACAGAUUGAGUGUGUUGCAAGGAGUUUGGGAUCCAUGAUGCACCUUAGAUAUCUUAGCUUUGCAAACACCCAAGUUAGAGAAAUUCCAUCUUCCAUUGAGAAUCUUAGGAUGCUGCAGUUCUUAAUUCUCAAAAAUUGCACUCGUCUGAAUGCUCUCCCAGAAUCCCUUGGCCGCCUAACAAACUUGAGGACACUUGACAUCUCAGGAUCUGGACUAAAUCAAGUGAAAUUUGGAUUCUCCAUGAUGAAAGAACUCAAAUGCCUACAGGGUUUUCUUGUAAGCUCAAGAGGUUCAGAAAAUAGAAACGGUUGGUCAUUUCAAGAGCUGGGGUCCUUAUAUAAGCUGACAAGCCUCAAGAUUCUUAGGCUAGAGAGAACAUUAACCGUGGAAGAUGCAGUACAAUCAGCACUCGAGGCAAAACAUCAUCUCAAAGAGCUUGAGCUAUGCUGCAGCACUGAUGAUGGAACGACAGAAAUUAGUAGAGCAGCAAAAAUUAAAGAUGUGUUUGAAGCACUCAAGCCAGGACCUUCUAUUGUCUCUCUCAAGCUAGAAAACUAUUAUGGCCACGGAUUCCCAUCUUGGCUAGACCCAUUCCAUCUCCGAGAACUAAAGCAGUUGACCCUUGAUGGCUGUUUGCAUUGCCAAUAUCUCCCAUCUCUGGGUCAGAUGAAGAAUCUAAAAUUCCUAGCAAUAAAUGGUUCCAAUUUGUUAACUUACAUUGGCCAUGAAAUUCGUGGGACACCAGAUGAUGGGGUGGCAUUUCUGAAGCUGGAGCAGCUGGUUAUCAGCAAGAUGAGCAACUUGAAGUCAUGGCAGGGCCUCGAAAAAAGAGAUAUGCCUUCGCUCAUGAAUUUCAUGAUCAUUGGAUGCCCCAAGCUGGAUUCACUUCCUUCCUGGCUCAAGCAUUGUAUGGCAUUGAGAAGCUUGCAUAUAGAUCAUGCUGAUAACCUGGAAGCAAUUGAGAACAUACCUGCACUUGAAGAACUUGAAGUUUGUGAGAACAGCAAGCUGAAGGUGAUCUCGAACCUUGGAAGACUUGAAGAUCUGAAAGUAGUGGCUUGCUUGCUUUUGGAUGUUGUGCAAGAUGUCCCCUCAUUGCGCACCGUGCAUUCAAAUGAAAAGAAUUCAACCAAGCUUCCGCAGUGGCUACAGCCAGAAAAACCUUUCAUGCUCAGGAGAUUGGAAGUUGUUGGAACUGAGGAGCUACUUGAUAGCUGCUCCUCUGCAACUGCCCCAUACUGGCCUAUCAUCCAAAAUGCUGAUCAUGUAUAUGCGAAUCUGCCAGAUGGCUCCUUCUACUUCUCAUAUGCCAAAAGCAGUAGCUACUUCCACAAAAGCGCAAGGAACCUUGCACGGUCCUCUUUACUGAGCUCAGCUAGCUUCAUUGUGCCGAUUCUUCCACAAGCUGAAGAAGUUGUUUCGACGGAUGAAAUCAGAAACAUCAGUGAGCCAACUGGCCAAUCCUCAAGUCAGUCAUGGAUGAGGAUACUUUUCACAGUUCUCUUUGUUGCUGCCCAUAUCUUUUCAUUGUCAAGCGAAUAUUGA